UUUUUUCCUUAGUGCGUUAGAUCUCCAAAGUGCCUUGUGUUCUGUCGGUGGUCGUUUUAGCUCUAUCGAAAUGGGAGCCAAACAGGACUCCAAGGGCUGCAAAUGGCUGAGCUGGUUCAUCGUCUUCGUCGUCCUCGCCGUCAUCGCCGGCGCCGUCGCUCUCGUCAUGAUAAAAAAGAAGCAGAACGAUAAAGACAAUGAGGUUCCGACUAUGGGCCCGCCCGGCGCCGUCGUCGACAAAUACUCCGACGCCCUCAAAACCGCUAUGCAGUUCUUCGACAUCCAAAAAUCUGGGAAGUUGGUGAAUAACAAGAUUUCGUGGAGAGGCGAUUCGGGGUUGAAAGACGGGGAGGAUGUGAAAGUGGACUUGUCGAAGGGAAUGUACGACGCAGGAGACCACAUGAAGUUUGGUUUUCCGAUGGCGUUCACUGCUACGGUUUUGUCUUGGUCGAUUUUGGAGUAUGGUGACCAUAUGGAUAAGGUGGAUCAGUUGGAGAAGGCGCAAGAUUCGCUUAAGUGGAUCACUGACUAUCUUGUCAAGGCUCAUCCUGAUGACAAUGUGCUCUACAUUCAGGUGGGUGACCCUAAAGCGGACCAUGAGUGUUGGAAUAGGCCUGAAGACAUGACCGGGGAUAGGCCAGUCAUCCAGGUGAACACAACUGCCCCGGGGACUGAGGUUGCAGCUGAAACAGCUGCUGCUAUGGCUUCGGCAUCUCUGGUGUUUAAGAAGAGCAAUCCCACGUAUUCGGAUACUCUUCUCGACCAUGCCAAGAAGUUGUUUACUUUUGCCAAUGAAAAUAGAGGGUCUUACAGUAAGAGCAUCCCCGAUGUUCAGAAAUUUUACAAUUCGACAGGUUAUGGAGAUGAGCUUCUGUGGGCAGCCGGGUGGCUUUAUCAUGCAACUGGGGAUAAUACUUACCUCGACUUCGUGACAGGAGAUGGAGUAGAGUUUGCUGGUUUUGGUAAGCCAUCAUGGUUCAGUUGGGACAGCAAGCUUGCAGGAGCACAGGUUUUGCUAUCCAGGUUGACCUUCUUUGGUGGAAACAAAGACAAUUCAGUGCUUCAAAAGUACAAGAGCACAGCUGAGGCUGUUAUGUGCGGCCUCCUGCCAAAGUCUCCAACUGCCACUACCAGCCGAACGAAGGAUGGCCUGAUAUGGAUCAGUGAAUGGAAUGCUCUGCAGCAUCCCGUUGCUUCUUCAUUCUUGGCUGUUGUUUACAGUGACUAUAUGCUCACCUCUAAGACAGCCAAACUAACUUGCAAUGGAGAUUCGUUUAAGCCAGCAGAUAUUCGGAAAUUUGCUAUAUCUCAGAUUGAGUACGUCUUGGGAAACAAUCCUAUGAAAAUGAGCUAUCUUGUUGGGUAUGGGGAUAAUUAUCCAAAAUACGUCCACCAUAGAGGAGCUUCAAUCCCAGCUGAUGCAAAGCCUAGCUGCAGUGACGGCUUCAAGUACUUUAAAUCAAGUGACCCCAAUCCUAAUGUAGCUACUGGAGCACUUGUAGGGGGGCCAUUCCUAAAUGAAACUUACCAUGACAUCCGUGACAAUGCCAGGCAAGGGGAGCCUAGCACAUAUAAUAGUGCCGUCUUAGUUGGCCUCCUAUCAAGUUUGGUCACCACCUCUUCUGUACUUGAAUCACUCACCUCCUAUCCUGCUAUGUAACACUUCUAUUCAAAACACGUUUGUAUUAUAUACUGAUGAACCUGUGUGCCCAACCUGUAUGUUUCGAUAGAAGAUUUAGUGCUGUAGUAGUUUUGCUUUACAAAGUGAAGGCUUUAUUUCUGCUUUGGGGUCUUCCCUCAGAUAUAAUUUUUUGUAUUUCUGGGUUACCUAUUUUCUGUAAUUGUCAGAGGUACGAAACAUUUGCUCUGGGCGAGCCCUUGAAAGUUCAACAUGGGGUUUUUUUUUGAGAAAAAUAAAAAACUUGAUCCUCAUUCUACUCAUC